GGGGCGCGGUACGGCACGGCACGGCACGGCACGAUGCUGUUCUGGCACACGCAGCCCGAGCACUACAACCAGCACCCGAGCGGCGGAUACCUGCGCGAUGUCUUGGCGCUGCCGAUCUUCAAGCAGGAGGAACCUCAGUUGUCUCCCGAGAAUGAAACCAAACUGCCUCCAUUUCAGUAUGUUCUUUGUACAGCUACAUCCCCUGCCGUGAAGCUGCACGAAGAAACCUUGACCUACCUCAAUCAAGGUCAGUCUUAUGAAAUCCGUCUACUUGAGAAUAGGAAAGUGGGAGAGUUUCAAGAUUUAAACACAAAAUAUGUAAAGAGCAUCAUUCGUGUGGUUUUCCACGACCGGCGCCUGCAGUACACGGAGCACCAGCAGCUGGAAGGAUGGCGAUGGAGUCGUCCGGGGGACCGCAUCCUUGACAUAGAUAUCCCCCUGUCAGUUGGCAUCUUGGAUCCCAGAGCCAGCCCAACCCAGCUGAACACUGUUGAAUUUCUGUGGGAUCCAUCAAAGAGGGCAUCGGCAUUCAUCCAGGUGCAUUGUAUCAGCACAGAGUUCACGCCACGGAAACAUGGCGGGGAGAAAGGAGUGCCUUUCCGGGUACAAAUUGACACCUUUAAGCAGAACGAGAACGGCGAAUAUACAGAGCACUUGCAUUCGGCAAGCUGUCAGAUCAAAGUGUUCAAGCCUAAAGGGGCUGACAGGAAACAGAAGACCGACAGAGAGAAAAUGGAGAAGAAGACAGCACAGGAGAAGGAGAAAUAUCAGCCUUCUUAUGAAACCACCAUUCUCACGGAGUGCUCUCCAUGGCCAGACGUGCCUUAUCAAAUGAACAACGCUCCAUCUCCGAGUUACAACAGUUCUCCAAACAGCUUCAGCCUUGGAGAUGGCAACAGUUCUCCAACCCACCAAGUGGAGUUCCUGCCUCCCAGCAAUGACCAUCUCCUUCCCUCUGCUUCUAUUCAAGAUGCCCAGCAGUGGCUUCAUCGUAAUAGGUUCUCUCCAUUCUGUAGACUCUUCUCCAGCUUUUCGGGUGCUGACUUACUAAAGAUGUCCAAAGAAGACUUUGUUCAGAUCUGUGGCCCUGCUGAUGGAAUUCGGCUUUUUAAUGCAAUCAAAGGAAGGAAUGUAAGGCCUAAGAUGACAAUUUAUGUCUGUCAGGAACCGGAGCAGAACAGGUCUCAUCACAAACGGGAGAAUGGGGACAGUAAUCUGUGCGUGUAUCAUGCAAUCUUCUUAGAAGAGUUGACAACCCUGGAGUUAAUGGAGAAGAUUGCAAACCUGUACAGCAUUUCUACACAGCAGAUCAACCGGAUCUAUCGGCAGGGACCAACAGGGAUCCAUGUGUUAGUGAGCAAUGAGAUGGUACAAAACUUCCAAGAUGAAUCUUGUUUUGUUAUCACCACGUUGAAAGCUGAAAGCAACGAUGGCUACCACAUCAUUUUAAAAUGACCACUUGGCCUAGUGGGACUUUUCACAGCCUAAUAACGACAGUGCCUCACUGAGGAUUACUAUCACCCAGACUGGAAACCUGAAGACCCUUUUGGAUAUAGUGCUCCCGUGAACUGAAAUGAUACCAGAUGUCCUUGAGGAAGAACUAACCUUAUAGCCCAAUAGUUUUCUUAGGUUGAAGAUGAGCAUCUCCCAGAGUCUGUACAUAUUAUUUUUUCCCACCACCCUACCCUUCAGACCCUAGAGUUAUUGAGGUCUCUAGUAAUUGCACAGAAACACCUAUCAUAUUCUAAAGGGAAAUGCAAAACAAUUGUCCAGCCCCUUCAUGGUUGGGUAUGGGUAGAUUGAUCUGUUAUAGUUUCUGAUGCCAUAUGAAACCAUCAAUGACACAACCAUAAUCUUGCUGGGCCAUAUCUGUCAUUCGCUGGGCUCCUCGCAGAAGGUAGCGGUGACUACUGCUUUCUUUUACUAGAAGAGGUGACAGUGCUAGUGCCCCUCUUUGCAUAAUAACCUAGUGCUUGGAGUACUCCAGGAUGUCAUGGACCUGAGGUUUAAUUCCCUUCUCAGCCUUGGGGGUUUGUACUCCUAUCUUUCACCUCCUAGGAGGGUGCCUUAGUCACCUUGGUGCAGAGUCGGGGUACAUCCAUCUUUUUUACCCUUCUACUGAAACUGUGUCACGGUCCAGGAGAGUAACCGAAACUCACUGGGCUAGACAGCAUGCAUGACUGGCGAGAGAUUGGUGACUGGGGUACUCAGCGGAGGAGGAGGAGAUAGAGUUCAGGUCCCUGUUACCAAGGUUGCUUGUCUUGCACUCAACAGACUUGGAGUUAAAUCCACUCCCCUGAGCUUGGGGAGAUGUAGGUCCUAGUAUCCCAGGCAGAGAACGGAGUUGGACAAGGGUUGGUCACCAUGAAGUUAUUAUGCAAGAGGGAGCAUUGGUACGACUGCCAUCACCUCCUCAGCCUUUUGAAAGGAAGGGAGCAAGUGCCUGCUGUCAGGGGCAGACUCCAGGUUGUGGAUCCGCGGUGGACAGAGAUGACUAGCAUCAGCACUAAGGCACUGGGGAGAGGGAAUCUGGUUUUAAGACCAACCCACGUCUUCAGCCUUUCCUGUUGGCUUGCACAUGGUAGCUGGACACUGUAGUGGGCUGACACUAGGUGCCGACCAGUCGGUCACGGCUGUUUGUGAUUCUUGCAUUUCUCCUCCAUCUUUCCCAUCCAGAAAAAAAAAUCCCGUAUUUUCUGAAUGAAUGGCUUAUCCUCUUACCUUCCCAUUCAUUUUGCCAACCAAGCAGGUUCUGGGCUAAUCCACUCCUUUUCUUGGUACCCUGCCAAAGUCUCCCCAGGCCCCUUCCCUCCCCGCUUGCUCAUUCAAUGGUGAAAUGUGCUUUCAAAAUAUUUUUGUAACUUUUUGUAGCUCUAUCCCAUUGUUACCCCAUGAGGUGAAAGGGGAUUAUUCAUCAUUCGAGUGCGCUGUCAGCAACACUCUCCAUUCAGAAGAACUUUGCACAAAGAGAAAAUGCAUGCAUUACAAUGACUUUAGGGAUUCAAAUGAGGGGAAGUAUCAGCUGGAUGGGAAACAGUUCACACCACUUGAUACGUCCAGCUUUAGAAUAGCCUCUGUUGAAUAACUUUGAUUUCGAGGGCUUAUUUUUAAGACUGUAGACCCUUUUUUAUUGCUAUAGAUUUAAUUCUGUUUGACAAAGCUUGUUAACUGGCACUUGCUGUAACUGGGAAUUAGAUUUUUGGCUGUAUCUUUUUAUUUUUAGAAGCUGUCCGCAAUAGCAAAUGCAAUUCAUUUAUUUGAAUCCAGGCUCAGGUAAACCAGCGUUUUGGGUACUGCUUCUUGCAUACAGCUGCUAUUUUAUUCUUGCUUCUUAUUCAAAACCUCAUGGUUAUUGUUGGCCUCUCUGGGCCCUUCUUGUAGUGUCCGCUGGACAUCCCCAUUUCUACGCCGCAUGACCUUUAUACUUUGGAUUUUGUUUUCGCCCUGACGUGGGCUUAAAAGUUGAAAUGUCAAAUUUUUUUCAUGGAAAGAAAAGCUUUGAUUAUAGGCCAGGCCAGGAAUGCUGAAAGCAAGUGUUUGGCUGUUUCCAACCUGAAAUGCUCAAUUGGAUGUUAAAGGAUGUGAGCUCGAGCCAACAUGGAGGAUGGAUCAGAGUUGUCAUUCUCAUGCCUCCAUGCUCCCUUUUUAAUUAUGGGCUGAAUUCCCAUGAUGCACUGCAGUUAGAGGGAUAGCCCGGAGUGCCGAGUCAAAGGCCAGGUAGCUUGGAAAUCUCGACUACAAUGUUCGUGAGCUGCUAAAGCUCCAGAAUGAUAAAAUUCAGAUCCUGCAAAGACUUACGACUUGGCUUAACGCUUAUAAUCAACUUGCGUCGUGUGAGGUGAGCCGUUUCGGUUCAACACCUCUGCCCCUCCUCGCAGGGUCAGGGUUUGCAUCGGAAAGGAUACUACUUCCGGUAGGGAUUUAGACACCUCUCCAGUUAUGAAUGCUGCCUCACUAUGGUCUAAGACGUUUAAAUACAUAAAUAACAAUCUUAAGGGUCUGACUUGAACUAAGUCAUUAAGAGGAAGGAUUUGCUGUUCUGCCCAUCAUACUUUUGAUGCACGUGCUGUAUGUGCUAUGUUGGGUUUGUGUCCUCGAUAGUGGUAUACAACUUCCACUCGUUCCUGGGGCAACCCGGUACCGUUUUGGUUGUAAUCUAAGCUGAGUUUGAAAUGGGGCCUCGAAUAUAUAUAUAUAUAUAUAUAUAUAUAUAUAUAUAUAUAUAUAUAUAUAUAUAUAUAUAUAUAUAUAUAUUUUUUUUUUUUCCCUCCCCUCUUUCUCUCAAAUUCGGUGGCCGUUUGAUACAAAGUUUUGCACUAGGAUAAUUUCCGUACCGUUUCAUUUUUCCACGUAGCUUUCAUUUAGAUUCAUUUCGUAGGUGGUUAAUAGGACGUCACUGGCAUUCUGGGAUCCUGACUGCAUCUUUUCUUUUUGCAGUCCUACUUUAUAUUGUUGACCCAUCUCUCUUAAGACCCUUCUCCUUUUAUACCACACUUGAUUAAACAGAUCUGAUACAACAAGCGUGGUUUUUAAAUGUUCAUUGGACAGGUCCAAUUUUGAGUCUGAAAUGCUAUCGUGCAACAUGCUAUCGCUGAAAUGCUGCGACUGCAGCCAUCCCACAGUCGGAGUAAAGCAUUGUGAACACUCAUUCUGAAUUUUCUGGGAAACAUCAUUCAUAAUCACACUUUAGCAUGCACCAAACUGUAUUUGCCCCAGACAGGUUCAUUUACUCUUGGUUAUUUUAGCAAGCAAUUUUUGUUUGCAAGGAAGUACAUGAGACCGGUACCAAAAUACUGGCCUACAUGGAUUUUGUAACAAGACAGCGAUCUUUAUCAGAAGUGUCUGGGGUUUAUUUUUUCCUUUUAAAUUAGAAUAUUUAUGCUACCUCUUCUCUUAGUUUGAAUUCCUUUAUAGAGGUAAAAGCUGCCUUUGGUGUCAGGACGUUUUGCUCCCCUUCCCAUAUUGGAACAGGAUAUACCAGUACGAGCCCUCUUGUACCAGCCGUAGCAGGGUUGAAUUGCUUAACUCUUGAUUUAGCUAAAGCCACAUGACUCUUGACUAUAGCCAAUUGCUCCCUAAUUAUUCCCAAUUAAGCCCUAACUUAAUUGUUAAAGGAAUAACUGAGAUUCACUUGAGACUUGUCACGGCUCAGUGAGAGAGUGCAGUCAAGGAAUCGGUGCAUUUGUACAAGUCUUUAUACAAUGUCUUGCAGCUUGCGUGGGGCAUUUUAAGACUAUCCUCCUUCUGACUCCAGGGCUACUGCAGGUUGUCACACCUUUGCGUGACUUUGCAAAACCUGCACACUUCAAUGAUUAACACGCAGCAUGUUCUCAUGUGAGCCUGCACCUACUAACUAUUUUCUGCUAUACUGUUCCCAGACUGCACUGUAUGGAUGGGUAGGCCUUAAAUUCAUCCCAAGAAACACUACUCUACAUAAAGACAGUGGCCUAAACCAAUGACCUAAGGUUAAAUGCAGGAUCCUGACACGGGCCGAGAAAAAAGGUGCGUUUACCCAUACAAAGACAGAUUUCUUGGCUUUUUUUAUGUAUUGUAAAUAUGCAAAAGCGGUAAUCCUCCCACUAUGGUCCAAUUACUCUGAUCUUUUUGGAAUGGGUAAAAGUGCCUAAAAUCUUGUUUGUCCUCAAUUCUCUCUGAUUUUUUUUUUUCCCAGUUUUUUUUUUUUGGGGGUUGUUUUUUUUAACGUAACCAAAUCUCCAGUUCACUGUCAGGGGAAAUGAUUUUUCCUCUCUUCUCUUAAAUCUAGAGCUUAUGGAUGGCAUCUUGAACUUCUCUAGUACUUUGUCCCAGUACAAUCUGUGAUUCCUCUGCAUGUGAAAGGGGAAGGAAUCAAAACUACGAAUGAAAGCCAUGCAAUACACUACAUGACUUAUGAAAUCAUUUUGCAUAUUUAUCACGGAUCUGGUUUUGGUAUGGGCUUCCGCUUUUGUAUCACACUCACUGUAACAUGAUACAAAAGCAGAAGCCCAUACCAAAACCAGAUCCAUGAUAAAUAUUCAAAAUGAUUUCAGAAGUCACAUUGUCCCCAGGCUUACAGAAUUAAGUCAGUGGGGACAAAUGCCUCUUUUUUUCAACUGGUGAUGGGCAGAGCAUUCAUGAAAGCAUCUCGCUCUAUUCUCUAUGGAAAGUAUAGACAAAACUUCUGGAGGAAAAAAAGAGGGUCAGUUGAUCUUCUGAUUAUAAACGAGUGCCUUCCUUGUAAGAUGGUGCAGUGCCGGCAGUAUAGAAGUGAACUCCCCGGGUACCCACCUCUUGCUGUGUUAACUGGCCAGGACUUCAGUAGGUUGAUUUGCCCCUGGGGUAGGCUUUCCAGACCUGAGUGCAUGAAAUCUCAGUGUACACACGUGGAAGGAUUUUUGCCUGUUGGUUUCUGGGAGGUGUUUGACGCAUGUAUACUAUACCGUAUAUAUAGGCAUGUAUAUGCGCUGGGUGUUUUGUCCUUUGAGCUUUCACUGGUACUCUGCUGUGUUUCAUUUCCAUUCACAGUCAGGAAUUAGUUGAUCCAGCUUGAAUACCUACCCGGUUCCUUUUGGAGAGAUCUUUCCAAGUGCAUUAUAUACUUGCCAUAGCUCGAAACGUGGUACACUUGAAACAGUUAGUGUACCUUUGAUGCCUUUCUUAAGAUACAAGCCCCGUGCCUUGCUAAAGACAAUCCAUGUUUUUGACACUAAUGCUGUAGUUCUACAUUGCAGCUUUUGGAUGAUUUCGUUAAACGCAAUUAAAACCAUUACAUCGGGCAAUGUUUCAUAAACACGAGCUAUUUCCUAAAUGAAAUAGCCACGUCACAGCGACGCUAGGCUGGUUGUAUUGCUUUGCUGUUUGGCUGCAAUUCUAGCAAUCCUGUGGAGGAUGACUGUGCUGGAGUGCUGAUUAUUAUUUGACUGUGCUUUCGAAGAAACAUUUGUGCUCCUAUUUUCUUUCCCCUCCGGCUUAUGAAAUGGUUAACUUCCUGCUUCAUCUGCUAAUUCUUUUUUGAUUUUUUGCAAAAAUCAUGGUCUGAUCUCACUCAGAGUAGUGCACAGUCUGCUGGGAUUGACAUCUUUUUAAUUUUGGGUGAAUACCAGGCGACUGACUGGAUGUAUAGUUGAAUAUACUUGUCUAGGUUUAGAAGUGGGUUAAGUGAAUACCUUACUUUCUGUGCCUUUCAGAUUCAUAACUUCUUUUUUUUUAUAAUUCUCUAAGAUUUGUUCAGUCUCUCCAUGAGCUUUUUUUUUUCCGUUGAAAUUUCUUUCUUAAAAGGCUUAUGUUUCUCCAAUAUUUGUUUUAGUUGUACGUCGUUGUUAUCCCAGUUGGGUUGGGGUAGGUGUUUCUGCUAAAGGGCGGUGGGGGUUACCUCUCUUCACUCACAAUGCAGCCAUUGGGGAUACGGUAGAUGACAUUUGACCAAUUAAGAGUGAUUGGCAAGGGGAGGGGGACGGGCUAGCAGAGGUGGGUGGAGUGAAGGCUGGGGCGUACCAGUUGUAAGUCAUGCUGCCACACUUUUGGGAUUAUUUUUUUGUUCGUCAUUUGUUUUGUUUUUGUACGUGAAAUUUAAAACAAAAAAAAGCAUAUUUUGCACUGGCUAUUGAACUGUUGUGCAGAAGAAAAGAAAUCUGUCUCUAAAAUCUGUGCUCCAGUCAAAAUGCAAAUAAACUGGUUUGUAAGAAA